AUGCUUUAUGUCCAAAAAAUGUCACUGGCAAGGACUAGUUAUAUUCCCAAGAGUUAUCUGAGCAACCACGAAAUGGAAUUUGAGUCUAUUUUUUAUAGAUCCUUGCUUCGCAGAUAUAAGAGUCCAUCCAAUUAUCGAAUAUUAUUCAAAAAUAGAUUGGAAUCAGAUAAAGCAUUGGCAGGUUUUUUAAAAAUUCUUAUAUUACAAAAUGCAAUUCUAUAUCACUUAAUCAGCAUUAUAGAUCUUCUUCAAAAUAAAUUAAUCUGAAAAGAAAUUUUGUCUUAG